AUGAUGAACGUUAAGCGAAGAAAUGAUGCCUGCUAUUCCCAAGGAGGCGACCAUAGCCCUCUAUUAAGCUCAGUCAAGUCCGCUUUUUCAAGAGCUAUGCGUGAAUACUAUUUGAUGUACUAUUAUAUGUGUCCAUUUGAGGUUAUGUCCACAGACGAAGCAGUAAUUCUGCAUAUCAUUAUGACCUGCUUAUUCCUACUAGUUGGCUACUCCUUGGUUCAUCUACUGGAUCUAGUCGUAGCAUUGACUAGGCGACUUGUUACACAUUUGGUGUAA